AUGGCUCGGUCACGGCUCAGCCUCCGCUCCGUGGGCACAUGCCGGCUGCCAGGCCGGACCUGGCUGGGGGGACUCGGGCACCUCUGCCUCGGGGUGCUGUCCAAGGGCAUCCGGGACAAACCCGCUCCGGCCGCCACCGAGGGCUGGCAGAGCGCCGAGCGCUGGGCACACACGCACUGCAUUGUGACCUCGUGGAACCCUGGCUUGUGGCUGUGGGUCCUGAUGUCCUGCCUCCCUGAGGUGCACCCCUGUCUGCUCUGCUUUGCGCCGCCCCUUCAGCGGGCACGGCUUUGCCGUGACAUUACUGGGGCCUUUAUCGAUCACCCCAGACAUACACAAUGCCUUGUGGCCCUUGUUGAGGCUGCCAAACCACUUGCCUCCAUCACUGUAGGGUUAGGACAGCGUGAGGGACUUCGGGAAAUCGUCAUGGAUGCUCUGUAUUCUAUUGAGGAGAAAAAGGCAGAGUUUCCAGCCUGCAUCCCACCCUGUGGAUUCCAGCCAGCUGCCCGCUUCUUCCGCUGUGCUACCUGCAGCCUCGGGGACUGUCAGUUUGGCUUGGACUGCCCAGUGCAGGACCUGUGGACCUACACGGAUGAAACCAUUGUGCUGCGCUGCACCGUGCCUUUCCCCGUCCCCGCCGGCCUGCCCGUCACCUGGAUGUUUGCCCCGAAUCUGCGCACACAGGACAUGACCCUGUUCAAGAAGCUGAAGGGGGAUCCAGAGAAGCCCUUCAGUCUGACCAUUGAGGAACCCGCUCCAGGGACCGUUGCCUGUCGCCUGGGGGAAUCUUCCAAGCCCAUUGUCCGCAUGUUCUUCUACCUCAACGGGCCAUCUGGCAGUUCCUCUGUGUCCGUCAGAAAUGCCGCAGAGGUGGACACCAGGGUACCCAAGAGCCUUCCAGAUCCCUGGAUUCACUGUAGGGGACUUUAGCACACGGAUCCACCCCAG